UUACUAAUUUCCCAAACUGCAACGGAAACGAUAAAAGGACCUUUACCACGGGGAUCGGUCAUCGGUGAUGAGCAAAGAAAAAAAAUUAUUUUCAUGGCAGUUUUCGAUGACGGACUUUAAUCUCAACCUAAAAUGCUCGUAUACGACAAAUCUAUAUAAGUGACCAUACUUGCAAGAUAACGCUGCAGUCAAUGCUCGUAUCUGAAGUACCAAGGUUCCCCUUUGUUGCCAUCGCGGAUCUGAUGUAGAAUAGCCCGAUCAAGAGUAGAAACAAAGAACCAUGGAGGUUAUAAUGCACGAAGUAUCCAACGGUGCCGUGAAUGGUGACAGUGCUGUUCAGUACGACAAAGGUACAGACGAAGUGCGGUGUGGUGGAGUUGGAAAAAAUGACGCAAAAUUCAAUAGGCUUCCUACUAGGAGUCCUGUGGACAUCACCUUUCAAAAUAUCGUAUUCUCAGCCCCUCUGGGAUUCAGAAAAGGUUACAAGGAAAUCAUACACAAUAUUAGCGGUAGAUUUCCACCAGGUCAGCUCAUCGCCAUUAUGGGACCCUCAGGAGCUGGCAAAAGUACCUUGUUGGACGUGUUGAGUGGCUACAGGAAGACUGACAUCGACGGUACAGUGUAUAUAAAUGGAGAAGAAAGAGACAUGAGGUCUUUCAGAAAAAUGUCCUGCUACAUCACUCAAGAUGAUCGUUUACAACCGCUCCUGACGGUCAAGGAGAGCAUGAUGAUUGCUGCAGACUUGAAAUUGCCCACGGAUACAUCGCUGAGGGAGAAACUAAAAAUAGUUCAUGAAAUACUCGUUACCCUGAGAUUAGUCAAAGCCAAACAUACCCUCACAGGCCAGUUGUCAGGAGGACAGAAAAAAAGACUGUCUAUUGCCCUCGAAUUGAUCAGCAAUCCACUUGUGAUGUUUUUAGAUGAGCCAACGACAGGAUUGGACAGCUCGUCUUGCUCGCAGUGCAUCAACCUGCUGCAAUUAUUGGCCAGGCAAGGUAGAAAUAUAGUUUGCACCAUACAUCAGCCAUCCGCCACCAUGUUCCAGAUGUUCGACCAGGUGUAUAUUUUGAGUGAUGGAAGGUGCCUCUACCAAGGUUCAACCAAAAGCAUGGUACAGUUUUUCAAUGACUUAGGGGCACCAUGUCCCAUGUACCAUAAUCCUGCGGAUUAUGUUAUAGAGUUAGCGUGUGGAGAAUAUGGAAAAGAUAUAGUGGACAAAAUGGUGCAAACAAUGGACAACGGUAGAUCUGUGCGAUAUUUCCACAAAGGUGAUCAACUACCCUCCUUAUCUUCCUUGAAGGAUUUAGUCAGUUAUGAGUUCAUGGAUGAUGACGAAGAUGGUUUAGAAGUAACUUCGCAGUGGAAUCAACUGAAAGUACUUUUGAGGAGGGGUUGGAUCAAAAUGAAGAGAGAUGAGACUCUGACAUAUAUGAGAAUUAUUGUUAAUAUAGUGGUCGGUAUUAUGUUAGGAACUUUGUACUGGCAAGCAGGGGACAAUGCAUCUAGGACAUUGGAUAAUUACAACUUAUUGUUUUCUAUUUUGAUGCAUAAUAUGAUGUCACCUAUGAUGCUAACCAUAUUGACUUUCCCUGCAGAAAUGAAUAUUCUAAUCAAAGAACACUUCAAUAGGUGGUAUUCGAUGAAGAUGUACUAUUUAUCUGUAACUCUAAUCGACAUUCCAUUAUCAAUCUUCUGUGGAACGAUUUUUGCAGUGGAGAUAUACUGGAUGACCGGACAACCCAUGGAAAUGGAACGUUUCACGAUGUUUCUUGCCAUAUGUCUACUAGUCACAUUCGUAUCGCAAAGCUUCGGUCUCAUGAUUGGUUCCGCUUUCGAUGUUAUUAACGGAAAUUUCGUUGGUCCUGCUCUCGCAGUCCCUAUCAUGAUGUUCGCUGGCUUUGGAGUACGACUGCAAGACUUACCAAGCUACUUAUACUGGGGAAGCUACUUGUCCUUCUUAAGAUACGGCUUAGAAGGCAUUGUGGGUGCUAUUUAUGGCUUGGAGAGGAGGAAAUUGGAAUGCCCAGAAGAAGCUGAUUAUUGCAUGCAUGCUGUGCCAUCAAGAUUCCUUCAAGAGGUUGGACUCAGAGGAGAUCAAUUCUGGAAUGAUGUUGGUGCUUUGUUAAUAAUUAUGUGUGUUUUGAAAAUUGCAUCAUACAUAUUGCUCAGACUCAAAAUGAUACUUAUUAGGUAGAUAUACUACAUUCAUGUGUUAGAUGUGGCUGUGUUGUACACCCAAGAUAUUUAAUUUAUUUAUUUGCCGAAGAUAGAACUUAUACAUUUUAUUAUUAGUAACGCCAGAUAUGUUCCAGAAUUAUAGAAUAUAAGAAAUGAGAUAUCUGAACAAACGAAGUUCAGUUACAUGUUAGAUAUUAGACAUGAAGAUUCAACUAUAAAUAAUUAUUGUCGUAGGAUGCUACAAAAAUAUUCAGAAAUUCAAAUUUCUUCAGAGAAGAGAAUUCCUGGAGAAAAAAUGAUUUCAAAAAUCAUUUUUAUCGCAAUGUUCACCGAUUAUGAUCCUAAAUGUUAGAACUAAGAUGAAAGUACAAAAUUUAUUUAUAGGAACAUAAAAAGCUUCUGUGAUUUUGUAGCAUUUAUUUCAGUUGUUUGUCAUUUUGACAUGAAAUCAUGAAUGGACAAAGAGAAAGACUGUUCAAUGCAAUUCAAUCUAAUGUAAAUUGGGUACUUAUUUCAACACUUUUAUUUAUUGUUGAUGAGAAGAAAGAAUACAUUUUAUUUAUAGAA